GGGGGAGAGCCCCAUCUCAAUUAAUGCAGAAGCUUUAUUCUAUUGAGCAGCUCCUCAGCCAAUGAGGUUGGAGCUCUGCAGAAUACAGCGACGUACGGGAACCCUGGAGGGGCGGGUGGAGAAAGCAACUGCAGCAUUUGGAAGGACUGACCUGCUGGAUCUGAAGUCUUCAGCCCUCCUUGGACUGUGCGCGCGUGUGUGUAUGUGUGCGUCUCUGCAUCAGCCUGCUUCUCAAGUUGUGACCCAGGAAUUGAGACCAGGAAGGUGGUCACCUGUUCCUCCUUAACGAUCAAGAGGUUUCCAGAGUGUUUAGCAGCCAGUCAGUCCAAGUGGUUGUGAAUACCUCAAGAAACCAGCAAAGAUGACUUGGAAGCUCUUCAAGAAAAACCCCAAUCCUGAGCCCAUCAUAGCAGCAUCUGCGGCACCGCCGGCACCCCUCACCACAACGGUGGUCCCUGUGGUGUCAACAGACAACUCAACUGAGUCAGGCCCGGUGGAGAGUAAGGAGGAUGUGUUUGCCCAAAUUAAAGAAAAGUUUAUGAAUGAGAUAAACAAGAUUCCAUUGCCACCAUGGGCCCUAAUUGCCAUUGCCGUAGUCGCUGGGCUGCUGAUCCUCACCUGCUGCUUUUGCAUCUGCAAGAAAUGCUGCUGCAAGAAGAAGAAGAACAAGAAGGAGAAAGGCAAGGGGAUGAAAAAUGCCAUGAACAUGAAAGACAUGACAGGCCAGAAUAAACAGGAUGAUGAUGAUGGAGAUGGAGAAGAAGAGGGAGAAGAAGAGGAGAAGGAAAAGGAACCAGAGAAUUUGGGCAAGCUGCAAUUCUCCCUAGACUAUGAUUUUCAGGGUAACCAGCUAACAGUAGGGAUCCUCCAAGCAGCUGAGCUCCCAGCACUGGAUAUGGGUGGCACAUCAGACCCUUAUGUGAAAGUCUUUCUCCUUCCUGACAAGAAGAAGAAGUAUGAGACCAAAGUGCAAAAGAAGACCCUCAAUCCAACCUACAAUGAGACCUUUGUCUUCAAGAUUCCAUAUCAGGAACUGGGUGGGAAGACCUUGGUGAUGGCCAUCUAUGACUUUGACCGCUUCUCCAAGCAUGACAUCAUUGGGGAAGUCAAGGUGCCCAUGAACACUGUGGACUUGGGACAGCCCAUUGAAGAGUGGAGAGACCUAGAGAGUGCAGAAAAAGAGGAGCCUGAGAAAUUGGGAGACAUCUGUAUCUCACUACGAUAUGUGCCUACUGCUGGAAAACUCACUGUCUGUAUCUUGGAAGCAAAGAACUUGAAAAAGAUGGAUGUUGGUGGACUUUCAGAUCCUUAUGUGAAGAUUCAUCUGCUGCAGAAUGGCAAGCGACUUAAGAAGAAGAAGACCACUGUCAAGAAGAAGACUUUGAACCCUUACUUCAACGAGUCCUUCAGCUUUGAGAUUCCCUUUGAGCAGAUUCAGAAAGUGCAAGUUGUGAUCACCGUGCUGGAUUAUGACAAACUGGGGAAGAAUGAAGCCAUUGGCAAGGUAUUCGUUGGCAACAAUGCCAGUGGCACAGAGCUGCGGCACUGGUCUGACAUGCUGGCCAAUCCUCGCCGCCCCAUUGCCCAGUGGCAUUCCCUGAAGCCUGAAGAGGAGGUGGAUGCAGCUCUUGGGAAAAACAAAUAAGCUACUCCAUACCCCAGCAUCACCUACUGAACAUUCAAAGUGAUCCAGAGCUAUCAAUACCUCAGUUAGGCAACUUUUGGUUUCUGUUUUGUUUUCUGAGCUGCAAUACCCUUUCCUUGAUGGCUGUAGAGGAAUUCCGGAUGCACCCAAGUGUUUCCAAGGGAAAGAGUUCAAAAGGCACAGAGAUUUUUUUUUUUUUGCAUUCUUCCCAGUAAUUUGUCCGCUGCAUGUUCCAUCAUCUCUCUGUGUUGUUCUCUUCAAGCACCAAGCCAGCUCCUCUCUUGGGGUUUCUUCUUCAAGGCCACCAUGAGUAGCACAUGGUUUGCUUUUACUCUCUUUGGUUUUUCUUCUUUAAAUCAGACCUUGAACAUUGUACUAGGAUGAUACCAGAGCCUGACAAUGUGAGUUGACCAGCUAGACUGUGCUUGAUUUGGAAAAUAAUAGCAGAGGAAGAAAGUUGUAUUUACCAUAUGAGCAUCUUGGCACAUCAAGUUGGUUGGAAAUUGGCCAUCUUCCAGAGACAAGGAGCAAUUCUGGCACUGGAACAUCCCCAAAGAUGUGGGGAACUGGUGAAUUAAUUAUCUUUGGUGAGAAGAAUGCAUUUCGGAGCAUACUUAUUCCAUGAUGUUAAUUGCCCUGUAGCAUCUAGGUACUGCACUGGGUCUUCUCUUCCCUAGUAGUUUUCAGUUCAUAAUUAGAAUGAUGUAGUGGUACUGGAAGGUUAUCUAAGGAUGGUAACUAUGCUUGAAUUAUUCCAGUCUCCUGAAUGAGUGCAGGACAGAGCACAAAAUAGCCUUUAUUUUUGAUGAAUAGCAUAAAGGGGAUAUUUAUGCAAAUAACCCACCCUGGUAGGCUGGCCAUUUUGCAGAAAUUAGAAGGCCCACCUUGUCAAAUCACUCAGAUUCUAGGUAGCAGUGCCAAAGUGAAUGCAUCAUGCAAAGCUAUGGCAGCCUUCACAUAGCUUUGCAGCCCUG